CUGACAAAUGAUGCUUCUCGUCUGCUCUACAUAUUCAAAUGCAUUACAAAAUGUAAAUUUGUUAGACACGUAACACAUGCGUUGGAGUGAAUCCAGUCCUCUUCUCCGGCGUUGCACAAUUUCACUUUUUGACCAAUUAAUUUAGCGUAACAUCUGAUUUGAGAUCUGGAAGGAGGGAAAAAAAAGUCCAUUUGAAUUUUGUGUAGUAGCCCAGACUCGAUCUUGGUCUCUGUGCGCAUGAGCGCAGCAGUGCGAGGGAUCCAUAACACGCCUCCCGUCUCCAUAAUCAUAACUUUAAUAUCAUCGAAAGAGUUUACGACCAAACGGGAUUCUUCCGUAAGCGCUUCGUUUGAUUAGAGCCAUGCGCCUUGAGCAGGGAAACGUGACCUUGAUUUGUGGGCAUGAAGUUUGCGUCUGUUAACGAGGUGGAGAUGAAGAGCUCCACAGGACUCUCCUCGCACUCACUCCAGUGAUGCCUCCGUUGAGUCCGCUCACUUCAGGCAGCGCGGAUCGUCCCUGCUCUCUUCGUUCGCGCUCGUAAUCCGAUCUGUCACCGGGAAGCGUUUUUUGCGCCGCGCAUCUCUCUACUUCAGCGCGUCUGGAUCCGUGAUGCCUGGGCUGAAGUUGAACGGAGCGCUGAUUUUGUGCGCCCUGAUGCUGCCGUUCUCUCGGCCGAACGGUCAGGCGCUGGACUGUCGCGAAGUGCGCUCGUCUUUUCAGUUUUUGUACCCGGGGAUGAAAUGGACCCCAGAAACGCCAGUGUCAGGCUCGGAUCUGCAGGUGUGCCAGCCGAAAGGCCUGACCUGCUGUUCUCGCAAAAUGGAGGAGCGCUACUUGCUCAUUGCCAAACAGAAUAUGGAGUCCAGUCUCCAGGCCACCAGCGCUCAGCUCAAAGUCCUCAUCAUUCAGAAUGCCGCCCUCUUUCAAGAGGCUUUUGACAUGGUCCUCCGUCUGGGUCGUAAUUCCACUCUGACUCUGUUAAGAGAGGAGUUUCCUGGUUUGGGGGCUGGAGCCAGCGGAGCCGUCACCCAGUUAUUCCUGGAAAUGUCCCUCUACAUCCUGGGCUCGGACGCUAACGUAAACGACAUGGUCUCCACCUUCUUCUCCCGCCUUUUUCCUUUCACCUACCGCCGUCUGCUUGGAAACGGGGCGUUGACGGGCAUCUCGGAAGAAUGCCUCCGCGGGGCCUGGCGGGGAACCUCUGCAUUCGGGGCGUUUCCCAAGAUGAUGAUGACCAGGCUGUCUCGCUCGCUCCUGGCCACUCGGGUCUUUCUGCAAGCACUGAACCUGGGCAUCGAGGUGGUCAACACCACACAGCACCUGCGUGCGGGCAGGGACUGCGGCCGCUCGCUGCUGAAGCUCUGGUACUGCCCGCACUGUCAAGGUCUGCUGGAGGCCCGGCCGUGCCGCCCGCUGUGCGUCAGCACCAUGGGGGCGUGUCUGGGGGGAGCGGCGGAGGUGCAGCCUCACUGGAGGGCGUACGUGGAGGAACUGGGCUCGCUCGCCGCUGCCAUGAAGGGGGAGCAGGACAUCGAGGCCGUGGUGCUCAGACUGCACGUCAUCAUCAGACAGGCUCUCAAACAAGCCGUGGCGGCCAAAAGCAAAGUCAGCGCACAGGUGAGCGGGAUAUGUGCGCACGCACCCCCGCGGGUGUCUCGUGCCGCGGCGCUGUCGGCAGAACACGCGGCUGUCUCGUCGGUGCCCCACAAUCGUCCCACGGUGAACUUUGACCCCGAUGAGACCCUCUUUGGACGCCGCAGGGAGUUUAUCUCGGGUCUGAGGGGCUUCAGUCAGUUCUACAGCGGCCUCGGAGAAGCUCUGUGCAGCAAAGAGCCGGCGGCGCUCAACAACUCCCUCUGCUGGAACGGACAGGAGAUGACAGACAAGUUUCCUGGACCAGGACUGAAGAAAGCCCAUCCACACGGCUCAGAAUCCAGACAAAAACCACCUGAACCCGUCAUCAGCCAGAUCAUCGACAAACUCAAACACAUCAAUCAGCUUUUGCGGAUGGUGACGUUGCCUGAAAAGCGAUGGAGGGCUCGACCAGGAGGGAGCACUGCGAGGAGGGACCCAGCCGGACGGGGCCAGGCAGACGAGGAUGAAGAGGGUCUAGAAAGCGGGGACUGUGAUGAUGAAGAUGAGUGCACCGGUGUUUCAGGACUUGGGCCGCCUCCGAGACGCAAACGCCUGCGCAUCUUUGCAGACUUGGCGGAUAACUUGGCAAUUGACGACUUAACGCUUCACGAGUUGCUUCUCACUCCCAGACUGGCCACAGAUACCCACGGCGGCGCAUCCGUACCUGGAGCGGCACGGCCGGCACAUGUUCCUGGUGCAACCUUCAUCUUUACCAUCAUCAUCUUAAUAACGCUGGGCCUUCAGUGAUCGCUCCUGUUUGAAGAGAAACACUCCUUAUGCCCGUGUGUACAUACAGCUCCAUGAUUUUGGCCAAGGACAAGAACCUCUCCUCUUCCCAGCCUCAAGUCUUACUAUACGAACCUCAUCUUUUCUAUAUUUUGUGUGGACCUGAGGAUCAGUAACAUCUGAACACUCAGACUAUGAACUCAUUCUUCUACAGCAUGAAGAGCAUUACUUAUACAUACAAGAAUCAUGUUUUCUCCCUCCGAACUCGUAUGCCACACAACAGCCAUGUGUUUUACAUUGAGCAUCGCCUCCCCUCUGCUAUACACAUGCAGUUUUACACAAAGGCCAAAGCCUUCUGGAGGAACAGGAGCUAAAUGGCUUUUGAAAAGACAAAGAGGCUCAGCUUUUGUGAGUGAAUGGGCACACUUAAGGAGAAGGAAGCGUGACUGACAGAGUCUGAGAACACGUACGAUCGCUCUAGUGGCACAGGCUGUCUCUCAUACAGUGAGCAUCUCCUCGGCCACUCAUUUCCUGUGCAGUAAAUGACCCUUGGAGUGGAGGACAUCAAGGCAUCGGCAUGUCGUUGUGAAACCCUCUCCUUACAGGACGACACAGCUGUAGUUCAUUUACAAAAAAAUGCUUUUAAACUGUUUUAUUAGAAUGCUGACUUUCCCUUUUCAGAAAUUGUGGUAUUUUAUAAUCUCUCUUUGAUUUCGUCGCUCAUUAUCUCUCUUCCUUUUUCUUUCGUUUUCUCUAUUCUUGUAUUGUAAUCGUGUGAUUAAAGCGUUCCCUUAAAAGGACACCCACAAAACUUCCUGUUUUUUUCCUCCCUCCUUUCACAGGUCACUGUAGCAUUUGCUUUCAAUGAAAGAUGGCUUGGAUUUGUGCAUCUGUAAGGUUUUCUGUUUCUGGACAUCGUCAUGUACAAAGGGCUAAAGCUGUCAUUUGAGAUCAGAAUUGGAAAACCAGUGUUUACGAAUGGACACUGUUUUCCUUUCAUAACCUGUGACGUAAUUCAUUACUGAUCCCUGUACAGUGCUCAAAGGCAUGUCAUCAUCUGUUACGUGUGUUUUAAACAAACUGAAAGAAUCAGCUUCUUUGUGUUGGACGUCCCCUAACUGGAACGAUACACAAGUUUCCAGACAAUUACCAAUUUCAAAUCAUAAUUUUUUUUUCUGUUGUUGUAUUAUUUCAAAGCACUUAAACUCAAAGUCAUUUUGAAGAUGAAGAGUGUAAUGUAUUUAUUUAUUUAUUGUGUGUUUGUGCCUCCUUUUCCAAGCUUCUCAGAAAACCAUCCAAAUCCAUUUGUACAUUGACUUCCUCAAAGAUUGUAAACACUGGGCUUUUUCAAAACACUGUUUGUUUGAUUGGUCAUGUCAACCUUUGAUUCAACCAGAGACUUGAGUUUGGAUCAAAAACUGUCUGCUUGUUUAAACUGUUUUGGGAACCUGUUUUUUUUUUUUUUUACAAUUCCAUUUUUUGCAACACUAAUGGCAAAAAAAUUACACAUUUCAGCUAGACAAUUUAAAAAUUGACUCGUUCUCAGGCCAUUUUUCAGUGAAUGGGUGCCGUCAGAAUGAGAGUCCAAACUGUUAAAAACAUAUCAAUAUUCCAUAUGACUUCAGUCCAUCAGGUAAAAGUUUUGAAGCAAAAACCUGAUUGUAAGAAACAAAUCCUUCAAUAAGAUGUUCAAUUCUGGUUGAAACACAAGUCCAUAAUCAAUAGUAAUGUUUACUCCAAUGAUAAAGUCUACCCUCUGUUGUUGUCUAACCUUAAAAUGCACCAGUAUAUUUAUUUAGAACUGCUUUGGACUGUUUUGGCUUAUAAAAUGUGUGAAUAUUUUAGCGAUAUUAAAUGUCGUCAUGGAUUUGUUUCUCGCAAACAUGCAGCUUUUAAAGGUACACUCCACUAUUUUGGUAAUAGGCUCAAUAUAAAUAUAUAAAUAUAAUUCCUAGUCCUAUCGGCCUAGAAAAUCGCAACUGUUUAUUCUCCGCCAGUCUUAGUACACAAUAUAACUACAGAAGAGUCAAGUUAUGCUACUGGUCUAAUUGGAUUCAAUAAUCUAUGCUAAGCUAUGCUAAAAGUGCUAUCACUAGACCUGGAGAUUGGCUAAAUGGAUUCAAAAACAGUAAAACUAAACUUAUUAACUGUUGUGGAUUACUUGUAUAUUAUGUUGUUUCUGCUGUUUGAACUCUAAUUUUGAUGGCACCCAUUCACUGCAGAGGAUCCAUUGGUAAGCAAGUGAUGUAAUACAACAUUUCACCAAAACUGUUCCUAUUAAACAAACUGAGGAUGUUCUGAGGAUCAGUCAACAUUUUUGGGGGUGAAUUUGGGGGUGAAUUAUUCCUUUAAUGCAUUACUUUUCCAUAAUAUUUUUUGUAUUACCACUUACGGACACUUGGAUAAACAGAGGGGCAGCACCAAAAUCAAACACGAAUUGUUUGAAGUUUUGCCAAAAACGAAAGUCACAGCUAUUUUUCUCUAGUCAUGUAGCACAGAUUUCCAAAAAAUGUUUUGCCUUUCUAUAGACAGCCACAUUUUAAUUAAAGGCCCAUCUUGCCAGCUGUUAACUAACCCUUUAAAUAUUAAAUAUUGUCUGCUACUAAUACAUUUUUAAAUAUGAAAUGGCUGAAAUUCGAAGUUCAACCAUGUGCUCCCGUUCUGUUGUAAAAUACAUUUUCUUGGGGUUAAGAUUUGUAGCAGAAAUGCUUGCUUUCUUUUUUGGUUUAACAAGACACCCCAGAUUUACUAGUCUUUAUAGUAAGAAUGGUAUUUUCUUAGUGAUUUACACCACACACAUCAUGCCACAUAUGUUAGUCCCAUUUGACUAAGAAAUCUUUUCACACACUGCAGCUCAGUCAAUAUUAUGCUUUUUGCCAGGCUGCAGCUAUGCUUUUAUGUGCUUCUUUAGCAGUAAUGGGAGCUUUUGUGCCCCUCUCCCCAACAGGCCAGUGAUACGCAGAGCUUUUGAUAUGGUUGACUGGUGCACCUUCACUGAUCACUGGCCUCUCUGUAGCUCACCUCACAGCUCUCUUGUUCAUGUACAUUUUGGGGCAACGUCUGGAGGGCUGGAAUUAGCCCCAACUUGAUGAUAACUGAGCCAACGGUGCCCGCUAGGACAUCCAGGCGCUUGGUUAAUGUUUUGUGGCGAUUUCCUAAUUUAAACAUUUGUUUUACUCCAGCUCAGAUUUCUCUGUAAUGCUCUUUUGUCUUCAUUUUCACAGCUGUCCUUCACAUUCACAGCCUAGAUAAUGAGCACUUAACUGUGGGGUUUUAUCCAGAAAAUGUGGUGGUUAUUUUAAUGAGUCACAGGUAGAGGCCAAUUGUGAAGCAAUGGUUGCAGCGAUUGUUUUGCAUCUGUGUAGACUGUGAGCUUCUGUUCAUUUGCGCUUUCGCCGUGUAUAAAAUAAAUACAUUUGAGUUUAAGUGCUUACAAAUAAAAAAUAAAUACCACAAUUUAUUCAAAAAUAGAUUUGGUUAAGAUACUGGAUAUAUACAGUAGUAUGCUUUAUGUAAAAUUGUAAGUAAUAUAAACCCUAGGCUGCAAGGAGGCAUUACACGUUCAGUUUGAAAGAAAAAAAAAAGCAUACCAACUUUUAAAAACAAACUAUGGCUAAAUGAUUGAUAUACAAAAAUCUCGGUUUAAUUGAAACAAAUAGCUUAUUGUCACACAGUAUGCAUUAAAUGAAGGAUGUGCUUCUGCCAGUAAUGGAAUGUGUUGAGUGCCGUAAUUAAACUCUGAAUUCUGCAAUACUGUUUAUACUGGUACUGAUUGCACAGUGGGGGUGCAUUCAGGGGCCAUUUGGCACAUUCGAGUACUUGAGCUUGGCUUGAGUCGUUCAAUAACCAGAGCGCCGGGGGAAGGGGGAUAAAAUGGAGCCCUUCAUUCACGUCAGGGUACAGUUACUCAGACCUUAAAUUAAUGGAGAAACUGUCCUGUCUGUACCUGCUCCUCUGGCUAACCCAGUGUAAAACGGAACGUUCCAAUGCUGUUUAUUCGUGACGACAAAGUACAUGUGUUAUAAUUUUAAAAGUUUCCAUGUAAAUGAUAAUCAAAUAAAACGUUACGGUUGCAGUUA